AUGAGUCAGAUUCUGGCGGAAAUGAAAGAUCUUGUCCUUCAAUCUGAGGUUGCAGAGUGGUUUGGUGAUCCUUCUCAGUGCAGUGACUUUAGUACGCCUGGUGCCCUCCCAGCUCAGGGGUUCGCAGAUGUUUCAUUUGUCGAUGACUGUGCAGUUGCGAUCCAUGCCGAGGAUUUGUCCCAACUGCAGACCAUUGCUCAGCAAGUAGUCUCUGCAAUGCAUGUGGCAGCUCGGCGCAGAGGGUUACACCUCAACUUUGAUGCAGGAAAGACAGAGAUGCUGUGGCACGUGCAAGGCCGUGGCUCCAAACAACUCAAGCAACAAUUGAUGGCCGCUCACCAAACCAUCACAUGGACUGCUCAUGGAGUUGACUUUGCCUUAAGAGUUGUGCAGACGUAUAAACAUCUUGGAACAUGGCUCCAAAGUGGGGGUUGUUUGCUCAAAGAAAUUCAGACCCGUGCUCAUGGAGCUAGGUCGUCCUGGGGCUCCCUCACCAGACAGUUCUUUGCCAAAAAGUACGUCUCCACUCCUACUAAAGUAAAAGUGUUUCGUGCCCUGGCUGUUUCCCGUCACAUGUUUAAUGUCCACACGUGGAGUACCAUCAAGCCCGCAGAUCUUGACAAAUGGGCCAAUUCUAUUCGGCAGCCCUUGUGCUCUUUAGCCAAGACUGCUACCAAAGGCUUUCCUCCACGUUUGUUUGAUGUGGCGACCUUAGGAGGCUUGAUUGGUUUGGAGACACCUCAGGACCGCCUACAUGCUGCACGUUUGAGGUAUUUCUCACGGCUCAUUCGCCAGUGCCCGGGAUCCCUCUGGAGCCUCAUUUGUCACACUCGACAUCUUCCCGGCACAUGGGGCGCUCUGCUUGUAGACUCUUUCACAUGGUUUUGUACCUUUUAUGGGCCUGGCUGGAAGCUUGCACCAGAUGCACCACUUGACCAAUGGGUGCUUGCAGUUCAGACCGAUUUUGCAUGGAAAGGACGGGUUAAAUCUGCGCUGAGGAAGAGUUGUCGCUAUCGUCAAGCUAAGGCUGAAUAUGCAGUGUGGCAAAAGGCCUUUGACCGUAGUUUUCAUGCUGACACAGGCCUUCCAGUCCAUACCCAUGAAACCGAUGACCCUCGUUGGCAAUGCGACCAAUGUGAUAAGUGGUUUGCUUCAAAAAAGGCAUUAGCCACCCACUCGCAACGGGUGCAUGGAUAUCGCAGACUGGUCCGAUUCUUUGCCUCCGGUGACACAUGCCCGGCUUGUUGCAAGAUUCAUCAUUGUCGCAUGCGGUUGUGUCAGCAUCUUACCCACAGUACUGCUUGUAUGGAAAUUUUGCAGGCUUGUUUCUUGCCUAUGGCUGAUGCGGAGGUGGAGGCACUGGAUCGAUUGGAUGACAGUGUGACCGCUGAGCUCAAGAAACAGGGUUGGUGGCGAACAAAGGCUCUCCUUCCUGCCUGUCGAGCCUUUGGACCUCUGUUGCCGCCUGCUAACAGUGACGCUGCCAGAGACCUAUAUGCGCGUUGUGUUGCUCGCUCUCAGCCUGCUGGGCAAGCGUUCAUGCAAUUGCAGGGUCGUAUGGUUGCAAGUGACCCGGUUGAACCGGCAUCACCUUCUCCAUGCCAGCAAAAUGCCAUCGGAUUUGUCUUUCAGUCCGAACAAGGUACCCUUGACGGAGCGGGGCUCUUCCUCCGAGAUGGGUUGCCUGCCCUGACUAUGCGGAUGAAUUUGAGAACUUUGGUCUUCGUGCAUUUCUUCAGCGGUUUUCGCCGACGGCAUGAUUUGCAUGACAUUCUGUCCCAUCAAAUCCUUCCUGAUGGUUUGCAGAUCUUCGCAUUAUCGGUGGAUAUGUGCCUUCAGAAGGCAGCAGGUGAUUUGGCUUCAGAUGCAUCGUUGGCUUUCUGGCGUAACCAGGUUCUUUGUGGCCGUAUUUUUGGAGCAGGCGGUGGACCGCCUUGUGAGACUUUUACAUCCGCAAGACUUUCUGAGGAUGGACCUCGGGCAGUACGCUCGGCUGCGGAUUUGACAGGUUUGCCGUAUCUUUCGGCCCGUGAGUGGAGACAGGUUCUUAUUGGAACACGUUUGGUCCAGUUCAUUCUGGAUAUUUUGUUUUUGUUGGCACGCACUGGAGGGUGCGGAUUUUGCGAGCAUCCGCAGUUUCCAGUGUGGUGUGCUUCCAAAGCGCCGUGCAGCAUUUGGUCUUUCGAAGCCACCAAGAAGAUGCGACAAUUGCAAUGUGUGUCCAUUGUCUCCUUUGAUCAGUGUGUGCUUCACGCAGAGCUGGCAGAUGCGCCCAUGGUCGGAACGUGUUACGUUGAGAGGACAUUUCCGAGCGCUGAGUCCCACUCCGUCACUGAUGUGCUGCCUGAGAUUUUCCAGCGCUAUGCAGAAGAGGUUUUUGUUGCCUGUGACCAGGUCCAACCG